AUGGAAAUUUCGUCAAUAUCAUAUCAUCACUCUCGUACAGUCUUGAUCUCAACAUCUUUGGCUGUCUCCAACUACCAAAUCAACGCCUACUCAGAGCUUCCUCCCUAUCCCAGCUCUCAGACGGUUACUAUUAAGCACAAGGUGAGCUUUCCGCCUGCUGGCGGUCAAGUGUGGCUUGCUCGCGCCCAAACCAAGUAUUAUCUUUCGUGCCUGGACGACCACCUGCCUGGUGUGCUCACGGCUCUUUAUAGCUUCCUAGCGAUCAGCUAUCAUUUCCUCCCGAUUACCUCAAACACAGCAGCACAUAAACGCGCAAGGACAGGUCGAGCUUACUCUCCAGCAGGAGUUUCCUCUCCUCUCGAGGUUGACGAGCGCAAGAACCAGCACCCGUUCUUUGCCAUCUUCAAGUCCCCGGCCUUACCACAGCUCAACCAAAGCACUGCACCGAAGCUGGACGAGGUCUUCCGUCCUGUCUGGGACCGUCUGAUCCCACCCAUUGACAUCUACUUGUCUAUUUUGGAAUGUCGAGCUUAACAUUGAGAGAUUUCGACACACUCCCUAAGGCGACGGACCAGGCGCCCACCUCGCCAAGCUUGUAGGCUUGUUUCAGCAACGGGACGCGGGAAAUCUUCUUGACUCGGGUAUAGUACCGGCUUUUCAUGAGAUCAAGUCGCACAGUACCUAUCUCGUCCGAUCCCGCACUGUCGUAUCCCAGGCUGCCCUUUCCCAGAUUGCCUCCUUCUCAAUCAACAUGAUCUUUCCCCAUCUUGACUUUAGACUUGGGACUCCUGGUGCUAGGGACAUAACAACCACCAAGGAGGCCGUGAUGAAGCAUCUUCAUGCAGCAGCAGACAACAAACUCAAGGUUAAGAUCCGGCGUUUGCCAUCACAAAAGGUGGCUCAUGCCCAAAUCAUCACACAAGCGGCCGUUGUCCAAGUCGCUGAUCAGCUCCUCGCCGUCUAUUUCCCUGCGAAGAUGACGAUGGAAGCGCAUGCAACCAGUCUUCGUUAUGCCAAAGCACGUAAUCCCGAGCUUGGUUUGCAUCAGUCACUUCACGAGUAUUAUCUGGAUCACCUAAACCGCUUUCCAGACCUUCAACAGGCGCUCUCGUCUGCGAGCGCACCUGCAGCACUCCCCGGAACACGAGGACGAGACGCAGCCGAGUCCGGAAUCGUACUUCCUCCGGCGAGAAGCGAGGGCCCGCAUGUCGAAUACCUCGUCGCCGUGAGCGAACGCGCGGACCUCUUUCCAGACCUCCAACAGGCGCUGGAUACAUGUACCGGUGCGAUGACCGAAGAGAUUUGAGAGCUCAUCAAGGACGUCUACGCUCAGUAUCUGGAGCAGUUUUCCGGUGUUGUGCUGGCAACGCCUUAUGCUGUCACCAGACCAAAGGUCGUCCGUACAUACUCUGCGACAUCGCCGUCGUUGGCGAGGCAGCCAAGUUAUCCGAACACGAUAUUUUCCAUAUCCCUCGGUUUUACAACCCACCUGUCGUGGUCGGUGAUCCAGCCCAACACGGACCCUUUAUCGGAGUUUGCUUUGGGGCGCUUGUAAGCGUUGAUAUUGUCUUGCUGUUUAUUAUGCCUAUUUUAUAUGGUUACCCCAGCAUCUUUUUAUUGGCGCUUGCAGCUGGCAGCUUUCCAUCCAAACUCUCUUUCACCACCGUUUGCGGGCUCGAAUUAACAUUACCAGCAGCGUUUACUAGCCUAAUAUCAUCCAUCCGAGCCCUGGAUCAGCUGUGUUUGUGAGCGCUGCAUGACUCAACUGAGCUUUAUAUAUCCACAAAUGAGUAAUGUCUUUGAUGGCUCCGUUGUUGGAUGACUGGGUUUUACUCGACGAAGAUAAGAUGAGGCACUGGAAAGACUUCGAGGGUUUGAGACAGUCCUUGAUGACGAAGACGGUACAAGGUGAAAUGAAAGGAUGGUGACUGGGUUUUGGAACGGGCCGUCAAAGAUAGUUGAUAUGUCUUUGAGAAUAGUCAGUAGAUCAAGCGCAGCGCCGGCAAGAAUACAGUAAAAGGUGACCCGGUUGGCGAACAUGCAUCGACCAAAGGGCAGAGUAUGGCGAAUCUUGCAUGCAGAAAGGUCAUCUUCAAAGAUAAUUACUGAGUUUAUGAAGAUGGUUUCUAGGUGUUGAAUGUGUAUCGAUGGGCCUGUGAGGAUAGUUUAAAGGCGUUGAAUGAUAGUUGAGAGGGGAUUUAAGACAAGG